AUGGGGGCCAUUACCGUCCACUUCCGGAUUCAUCAAGCUGUUCUGAUUGCACCGUUCGAUAUCACUAAACCUAGAAGAGUAGUAUUAACCCAGCAAGGUGGCGACUCAACUUCCCCUCGACGGAACACAGUCGAUGUUCAAGUAAAAGAAGCGGAAAGUGAUGUGAGAAGAAAUACAAUUGAUUUGCAAUAUAAGGAAGGACGAUCACGUAAAAACACUUUGGAACUUAAAGUAAACGGGGAAGUUGUCCAAACUUGCUCAGACAAUAGUCAGGCCUCAGCAGAAAGCAGUAUGCCAGGAACACCUAGACAACCACGCACCUUCUCAGUUGUAAAGAUGAACAAUGAAAGCUCUUCCAUAGCGAGUGACUCUAAGAAACGAACUCCUCUCACUCACAUUAGAGCUAGAAAUGAUCAAUCUCAUAGUUGUCUUUGUGCUUGUUGUACUCCUGUACGCCAAUUCUUCUCCCUCAAAGUUAUAUUUGUGAUGCUCUGCCUAUUCGACAUCAUUCAUUGGGCUUAUUUACUGAGAGAUGACAGCCAGAACAAUCCUAAUUCAUGGAGGUUUUAUAAGAAGUUUCAAUCAUUCGAUCUCUAUUACUUGGUUGCACGAAUGUUUGCAGAUAUUUUCACAUGUGUUCUCGGUUUGGGGGCCGCAAUGUGGACCAGGAAACCAUUGCUCACUUUGCCUUGCACCACAAUCCAACUACUUUUUUUGUUCAUCAGAGCAAUCGUGUGGGGAGCAAGAAGCUACAACAAAGAUUUCGUUAAAAUACAGGCCUCUAAUGAAGACAAAGUUUUCGUCGUUUGUGAAUUUGUGCUGCCCUUCAUUUGGUCUCUUCUUUCAAUUCUCAUUGUACGGUCGACUAAGCGAAUGAAGGAAUAUGAGCAACGCCAUGGUUAUGCGCCCCCUCCUAUUAUCGUUUUAACGGUUAAAAAUGAUGAGAACGACGAAAGUGUACAAAUCGAAAUCGCCUAA